CACCAUUAACAUCAUAAUUUCAUUCCUUGAUCCAAAUCUCAAUAUUUCAUCUCCUUUUUUUCUUCAAAAACGCCACAACUAUGGCCGGAGGAAGAUCAAAGUCAAAGGCAUCGAAGAAGAAAGGCCCUACUGAGGCCACAACCUCUGCACCUCAACCCUUUCCGUACCUGGAUGGAUCCUUCCUCGAAUUCGGGUCGGAGGAAGAACUCACACGCUUCCUCACUCACUUUGCCAAGCGCCCGAUCUCUCCACCUCGCGUGCUCCCGGAGUUGUUUCCCCAAGACAAAGGGUACCACGAUUUCGACAACCAACUCCAAGCAUCGGGUUUGUGGCCAUUCGUCUCCAAGAGCCGCUCGAGCUUCAAUCCCGCCUUCGUCCAGGCUUUCUACUCCAAUCUCCGCCGUGACGGGGACACCAUUCGCAGCAGCAUCAAUCUCUACGACAUAGAGAUUGAUUUGCCUACCUUUGCUCGGGUCGCAGGGCUGCCCAUCCGCGGUGACGACAUCGCAACUUAUGGUGGCGACGAUUGGAUCCUCAACAACGAGGCGGUCGUCAUUCGUGAGCUUGGGAUCACCAACUUGAUCCGCCACAACGGCGCACCGACGAUUCACUCGGCCCCACCGGACAAGCGCCUCCUCCUCUACAUCAUCACCCGGAUUCUCCGCCCCCGGGACAGCAGCCAUACCUCGCUCUUCAACAAGGACUUGAAGGCGAUUCACGCCAUCAUCCACGGCGCCUCCAUCAAUUGGGCGAAAUUCGUGAUGAUCCACAUGGCGGAUUGCGCCUCCAUCGCCACUGAGCGGAGCUUGCCAUACGCCUUCCUUGUCAUGGACCUCAUCAUCUCCGCCGACAUCUCCAUCGCCGGCCCGGAUACGAAGAUGACAAAGAUUUGGAUAAUUCAAGACAGCACCUUCCCGAAGAAGUCCGGAGACCGGGACGGCGCAGGCCCAAGUCGUGCACCAGCCCCCGCUCCCGCCAAGGCCUCUUUGCAAUCCAUAGCCGAUACUCUGAAUCGCCUAACCCUCACAGUGCAUGGCAUGGGGCAGUCAAUCGAGCGGAUGGACUGGACGCUGCAACGCCAACACCACGACAUGAAGGCGUUCUUUUGCGGCAUCAAAUACGUCCCGCCGCCCUUUGACAGCACCUUCCUCGGCCAAAACUAUGAAGGCGAGGACGAGGAGGAUAACUCCUAUGCUCCUUCCUCCUCCUUCGACGAGGCCGACUUUGAAGAUGCGGUCGACGGCGAUCCCAUGGACGUCGAGGACGCCGAUGCUUAGACUUUUCUUUUCUCUUCUUACUAUGAUUGUAUUUUUUAUUUCCAUUCCGUUGUAUUCCGCAUUUCCCUUUUUCAUGAAUAAAAGUUUACUUUUACAGUUCUAAAGGUUACUUUUAAUUCUUUUUGUUAAUGUCAAAAGGGGGAAGAUAUUAAGGUUAUGCAUAAAUUGAGGGGGAAUUU